AUGGCCGCGCCGGGGCCCGCGCUCUGCCUCUUCGACGUGGACGGGACCCUGACGGCCCCGCGGCAGAAAAUUACCAAAGAAAUGGAUGACUUUCUACAAAAAUUGAGGCAGAAGGUCAAAAUCGGAGUGGUAGGCGGCUCGGACUUGGAGAAAGUGCAGGAGCAGCUGGGAAAUGAUGUGAUUGAAAAGUAUGAUUAUGUGUUUCCAGAAAAUGGAUUGGUGGCAUAUAAAGAUGGGAAAUUCUUGUGUAAACAGAGUAUUCAGGGGCACUUGGGUGAGGCCCUAAUCCAAGACUUAAUCAACUACUGUCUGAGCUACAUUGCGAAAAUCCAGCUCCCGAAGAAGAGGGGUACUUUCAUCGAGUUCCGAAACGGGAUGUUAAAUGUGUCCCCUAUUGGAAGAAGCUGCAGCCAAGAAGAACGCAUUGAGUUCUAUGAACUCGAUAAAAAAGAAAACAUACGACAGAAAUUUGUAGCAGAUCUGCAGAAAGAGUUUGCAGGAAAAGGCCUCACGUUUUCCAUAGGAGGCCAGAUCAGCAUCGAUGUCUUUCCUCAUGGAUGGGACAAGAGGUACUGCCUGGGCCACGUGGAAAAUGACGGCUAUAAGACCAUUUAUUUCUUUGGAGACAAAACCAUGCCAGGUGGGAACGACCAUGAGAUCUUCACAGACCAGAGGACCAUGGGCUACACGGUGAUGGCCCCCGAGGACACGCGCAGGAUCUGUGAGGAGCUCUUCUCAUAG